AUGACACGCAUUGUGGGUGGCACAGGGGCCAAGCCAGGAGCCUGGCCGUGGAUGGUCAGCAUCCAACACCCCUGGAUACCAGGCCCAGGGCAUUGGUGUGGAGGGUCCCUCAUCACUGCAGAGUGGGUCCUCACAGCAGCCCACUGCUUUGACAAGAUCAAGAAAAUCGGCAUCUUGAAUGUCGUGAUUGGGGCCACCCAAUUGACUCAGCCAGGCCCUGGAGCACAAGUGCGCAAGAUUAAGAAGCUAUUUCGUCACGAAAACUAUAAGAAAAGGGAUAUAAGUAAUGACAUUGCCUUGCUGGAACUGAAUGAGCCUGUACAGUGCAGCUCCUACAUCCAGGUGGCCUGUGUGGCUGACCCCACCCUGAGAGUCUCAGAGCUGCAAAACUGCUGGAUUGCUGGCUGGGGUUCAACCGCAGAAGGAGACUCAAGUGAUGUCCUACAGGAGGCCAAGGUCCAGCUCAUUGAUGUCCAGCUCUGCAACAGCAGUGGAUGGUAUGCAGGGAAAGUCCACAUCCACAACGUGUGUGCUGGUUACCCUCACGGCCGCAUCGACACCUGCCAGGGUGACAGUGGUGGUCCUCUCAUGUGCCAGGACAACCAUGCUGAUUACUGGUGGGUUGUUGGAGUGACCAGCUGGGGAAGAGGCUGUGCUAGAGCAAAGCGGCCUGGAAUCUACACCUCCACUCAGUACUUCUAUGACUGGAUUCUGGCCCACAUGGGGCUGAGCCCAUUUGGAAGUGCUUCCUGAACAGCAGGGUGGGCAGGAUCCAGGGCACAUUGCAGUGCAUAGCAAUUGUUUUCUGCGGGGGAAUGCCUGCAGAUCCAAAGGCAAUGCUCAGGGUCAAAACUCUGUCCUGACCACACUCCUCUCCUCUGUGCAUGCAGACACUGGAGAUUACUUAGUUGUUGAAGUAAAGUUGCCUAUGGUCACAGGGAACCAUGUUUUCAGUGCAAUUCCAACUCCUGGGCAAAGUCAGUGCAAUUCCAGCUCCUGGGCAAAAUAAGGACUGCCACAACUAGCAACUGC